CUCCGACCACCACCAUCCCCCCAUAACUCCCUGCCCGUCAUGCGCCGGGCGACGAGUCUGCUUGCCGGGCUCAGCCUCGCGGCUUGUGCCCAGGCAUUCUACCUGCCUGGAGCUGCGCCUCACAACUAUGUCGAGGGCGACCGCGUCGAGCUAUUCGUCAACGCGCUUACGCCUAUGCUGUCUGGGAGCGACGAUAUCAAGCUAAAAUCCAUGAUCAACUACGACUACUACAACCCGCGCUUCCGCUUUUGCGAGCCCGAAGGCGGGCCACAGAAGCAGUCAGAGUCCCUCGGCUCAAUCCUCUUUGGAGAUCGUAUAUUCAACUCCCCAUACGAUAUCGAGAUGCUGCGGAGAAACGGGACCUGCGAGGUGCUCUGCGUGCAGGAAGACGUGACGGCUGAGGACGCGAAGUUCAUCAACGACCGCAUCCGCGAAGACUACGCGCUUAACUGGAUUGUGGAUGGCCUCCCUGCGGCGGAGAUGAAGAUCGACGUGCGCACGGGGGAGCUGUUCUUUGACAUGGGCUUCAACCUCGGAGACAACGAGGGCCCGCGGCAUGAGAUUCCCGCGUUGAACAACCACUACGAUAUCGUGUUGAAAUACCACGAGCCGACGCCCGGAAGCUAUCGUGUCGUGGGUGUUCUAGUCUGGCCUGCGAGCAUCGGAGGCCCGCAAGACGCAGCGUCUGCGACGUGCCAGCCAGAGGGCGCAGAGCCGCUGAUCUUAGACGAAACGAGGAACCAGACGGUGCGGUACACCUACAAGGUUACUUGGAGCGAAUCCGACACGCCAUGGGCGACGCGCUGGGACCAUUACUUGCAUAUCUUCGAUCCCCGCAUUCAUUGGUUCAGCUUGAUCAACUCCCUCGUCAUUGUCAUCUUCCUCUGUGUCAUGGUGUCGAUGAUCUUGCUACGUAGUGUUUCCCGAGAUAUUUCGCGGUACAACGCAAUCGACUUGAGCGAGGAUGUGCAAGAAGAUUGGGGCUGGAAGCUCGUCCAUGGCGAGGUCUUCCGGACGCCCUCGAAUCCGACAAUACUCUCGGUCAUGGUCGGUAACGGCGCUCAGCUCGCCGCUAUGGUUUCCGUGACGUUGGUGUUCGCUCUCCUGGGCUUCCUCUCACCUUCGAACCGCGGCUCUCUCGCAACAGUUAUGAUCGUGUGCUGGACGCUCUUUGGGGGCGUCGGCGGCUACGUCUCUGCACGACUCUACGCCACUCUGGGCGGUACUGAACGUCGCAAGAAUGCUUUCUUGACGGCGACCGUUCUGCCAACGAUCAUUUUCGCCGUCGUAUUCUUGUUGAACCUGUUCCUGCUUGUAGCGGGCUCGUCCGGGGCCGUGCCGUUCGGGACGAUGCUAGCCAUCGUGGUGUUGUGGUUUGGUAUCUCUGCGCCGCUGUCCGCAAUUGGCGCGUACUACGGUUCGAAGCAUGGGGGUGUACCGAACCCCGUCCGCGUAAACCAGAUCCCUCGCCAGAUCCCCCCAACGCCCCGCUACUUGCAUCCCUGGGCUGCGGCACUCCUCAGUGGCAUACUGCCUUUCGGCGCCGCCUUCGUUGAGAUGUACUUCGUGAUGUCCAGCUUGUUCGCCUCACGCGCGUACUAUGCCUUCGGCUUCCUUGCGCUGACUGCCGGUGUGGUGGCACUGACGACGGCAACGGUGACCAUCCUGUUCACCUACUUCAUCCUCUGUGCUGAAGAGUACCGCUGGCACUGGCGCGCCUUCCUCACCGGUGGCGGUUCCGCUUUCUGGCUCCUCGCUUACGGCCUAUUCUACUGGGCCUCUCGACUAUCAUUGGACUCCUUCUCCAGCGUCGUUCUAUACCUGGGAUACCUCCUGCUUCUCGUGCUCCUGGACUUCCUAGUCACUGGCACCAUCGGCUUCCUCGCGUCGUACUGGGCGGUCCGCCGGUUAUACAGCGCCAUUCGCAUUGACUAAGCGCAUGCGGCUCGAUGCAAUGUAGAUGCUGGUGGGCUGUAUUAAUCGAGCUUGGACUCCUCCCUGUAGAUUGCUAGCUUUACGCUCUAUGUAAUGCUCUCCUUUAUCGUACGAAGAGCGCCGUCCUGCUUUACUGUUCCCUCUGCGCUCGAGCGAUUUUGAGGCACAAGGGAAGGCGUCAAUUGUGGCGCGGGGGUUCUCACCGUCUGGCUUGCACACCGAGCUCUUCUCUGGCCUCCCAAACUGAUUCUUGUGUAAAUACG